AUGAGACAGUCAGAGUUUUCAGCGAACCACGUCAUUGGGAACAACCUGAAAGAAAAAAUGGCUGGCUCGAACAACGAUAACGACACGGAAAUGAAAACCAAGGAAACAAAGCAGACGAUAUGCAACCCUAGAAAACGAAUGCUGAUGAUCGCUCUCAGCCUUGUUGGUGUUCUUUCUGUUGCCGCCAUCGUGGUUUACUUUUCAGUUGAUGCGGCUACGAAGCAGAGCAAGCAGGUGGUGAACACUCCCCAACCCA